AAGAGGAUCAGCGACAUAAUAGUCAGACUUAGACUUGUGUUUCUCCAUACACGCAGAAGCCCUUUUUUUUAACUUUCUUUCUCCUCUUGAAGUUCCUCGGUGCCUUCGUUCACUUCUCUUUUGCUUAGUCUUUAGUUUACCCACCAUUUUUAUCUCUAUGCACAACGUGAAAGAGAAAAGAGAGGAAUCUGUGCAUGUUGAUUGUUGGCGUAGUAAAUCUUUAAAGUGCUAUCCGGGCUUACGUUAACGCUGCCACCCAAGAUUUUGUUCCUUUUUCAACGCUCUCCGACGGUGUCCCUCACCCCUUUUUACUACCUUUCUUUUCUUUCUAUAUAUUCAUUGUCGUUGCUCCACACACCCUCCAAGCGAAAAGACGAUAUCCAAAGAAACCAUUUCUUGCGCAGCAAAACAAGGGCCCGUGUAAAAGAAAAGACGGCCAUUCUUCUUUGAUAUGGCAACUAAGCUUCUUUUAACGUUUGCUAUUUGUAGAUUGAUUGUUACUGUGGGGUUGACCUUGGACCCCACAGAGCUUCUCCGCCUCGGAGUUGACGGUCACCUCAGCGUUGACCCCUCCGACGUGGAAACGGCUUCCCUCGAUUUCGGCUUACUCAUCCGAAGUGAGCCGCUCGCCGUCUUGCACCCAGCUUCGGCCCGGGACGUAGCGAAACUUGUCAAAGUUGCCUACGGGUCAAAUCACGGGUUCACCGUGUCGGCUAGGGGACAUGGGCAUUCCAUAAACGGACAGGCUCAGACCACGAACGGGGUGGUGAUUCAGAUGAGUGGGUCGAGAGGGGGCGGGGGGAUGGCGUCAGGGAAGCUACCUCGGCCUCGAGUUUGGGCUCGAGAGAGUUACGUGGACGUGUGGGGUGGGGAGCUUUGGAUAGAUGUGUUGAGGAGUACCCUAGAGUAUGGACUCGCACCCAAGUCAUGGACCGAUUACUUGUACCUCUCUGUUGGUGGGACUUUGUCUAAUGCUGGAAUUAGUGGCCAAGCUUUCAAUCAUGGUCCACAAAUUAGCAAUGUCUACGAGCUUGACGUUGUUACAGGGAAAGGUCAGCUCUUGACAUGCUCAGAAGAACAAAACCCAGAGCUGUUUCAGGCUGUUCUUGGCGGUUUAGGACAAUUUGGAAUCAUCACGAGAGCUAGAAUUUCUCUCGAGCCUGCUCCACAAAGGGUGAGGUGGAUCAGGGUACUGUACUCCAAUUUCUCGGCUUUUACCAGGGACCAAGAAUACCUCAUUUCUCUGCAUGGAAAACCAACCAGCCAAAAAUUCGACUAUAUUGAAGGGUUCGUCAUUGUAGAUGAAGGCCUCAUCAACAAUUGGAGGUCUUCCUUCUUUUCCCCUCGUAACCCUGUCAAAAUUUCCUCCCUCAGGGCUAAUGGAGGCGUGCUCUAUUGCCUGGAAAUCACCAAGAACUACCAUGAAACUACCGCUGAUACCAUCGAUCAGGAAGUAGAGUCUUUGUUGAAGAAAUUAAACUUUAUACCGACAUCAGUCUUUACAACUGAUCUGCUCUAUGUGGAUUUCCUAGACCGGGUCCACAAGGCCGAGUUGAAGCUCCGGUCCAAGGGUUUGUGGGAGGUUCCACACCCAUGGCUGAACCUUUUUGUCCCCAAAUCAAAGAUUGCUGACUUCGAUAAGGGGGUCUUCAAGGGCAUUUUGGGUAAUAAAACCAGUGGGCCAAUUCUCAUCUACCCAAUGAACAAAAACAAAUGGGACCAUAGGAGCUCCGUGGUGACGCCCGAUGAGGAUGUGUUUUACCUGGUGGCAUUGCUAAGAUCAGCCUUGGAUAAUGGGGAGCAGACCCGGAGCUUGGAGUACCUUACCGAUCAGAACCGUCGGAUUCUCAGAUUCUGUGAUGACGCCGGGAUCAAGGUGAAGCAGUAUCUACCUCAUUACACUACGCAAGAGGAGUGGAAGGACCACUUUGGCGAUAAGUGGGAUCGGUUCCAUCAAAUGAAAAUGGAAUUUGACCCAAGGCACAUUUUGGCCUCAGGCCAACAGAUUUUCAGACCCACCUUCCCUUCCUCUUCUUCGAAUAUGGCUUCAUGGUGAUGACAACUGAUACAAAACAAAAACUAGUAACGACAUUAACGUACUAGUGACUUUUGGAAUAUUCAUGUUCUUGUUGUACAUAAAAAUGGGCAUAUGGGCUAAGGGACAAGAAGGGAAAUGGAUGAUUCUCGGUUAACCCAUACUGGCAAGAGGGUUGGAUUGGACUGGGGAGGCUUAGGUGUUGUGAUUAGGAAGGAAGGGUGUAUUUGCCCGCUGUGGUGCAGUUUGAGGAGUUGUUUUCUGUGGGGAAGAACUGAUACCAGACGGUGGAAAGAGGAGGAUUGAUUUGGGAGGAGGUGGGGGGGCCUAUGAUCUUGCAGUGCACAUGUGAUGUUAUAGUAAUUGCAGUGCUCGUGAUCCGGACCGCCCCAACUGAUUGCCUUGUGGAUCUUGUCUGCCGUUUCUUGGCACAGCUGGUUCCAGUUCCAUCCAGCGUGGAUUGGCGAUUUGCUGUUUUUACCCCUUUUUUUUUGGACAUGUAAUUAUCGUAAGUAGUAGUUUGUAAAAAAAAAUGCACGUUGAUUAGUUUCAGAUGACAUAGACUACAGAGUAGAAGAUCUGCAAGCAUCUUUGUUUUGGGAUAUCCCAUGUUUUUCCUAUA